AUGCAGCAAAAAGAUUCAAAAUUGACCGAAAAAGAUUUGGAAUUAAUUGAAGAAGCCAAACGUACAUCAACUCGUCUUCAUAAACCACAUUUUCAUGUUGUUGUCAGUGCUCUGCGUACUUUACCUUCCACCGAUAAAAUUUAUACCGGUAUUCAUAUUGAAUCAAGUCAACCGCUAUGUGGUGAAGUUAGUGCGAUAUGUUCAAUGAUCAAUCAUGGACAUCAAAUGAACGAACUCGAUACUAUUGUCGCGUUAGCCGGCGAUGAUAAGGAGAAAGAUCGAUUUCGAUUAUUUAGUCCAUGUGGGAGAUGCCGAGAAUUAAUUGGUGAUUGUAAUGGAAAAACAAGAGUUAUUGUUGGAACUAUCGAAGAACCAUUUGUUAUGAAUAUUGAACAAUUAAUGCCGUUAAAAUGGACAGACGUGGAAAACGAAUAUUGGGCGAAACGAGCACAAUCCGAGUAA